AUGCACGCUGCACUCUUGUAUCCGGACCAGUCUUUUGUCUCGAGAAUGCUUAAAAGAUUUCCCACAUUCCACUUCACACUUGGUCUUGUAUGGUCAACACUGCAACCAUCACAACAUCAACCAUUAAUCACCCCACUUCCACACUCGCCAUCACCACCACCACCACCUCCUCCUCCUCCUCCUCCUCCCCAUCCAACAACCAUGAGCUCAAUCUCGUCCGACCAGCCCGCCCUCAAGGGAAAGGGCCCCGCGCCCAACUACAAUCACCAUCACGAGUCCACCACCAACGGCGCCGGCGGCUUCCGCCCGCAAGCUCCCAUGGCCGUGCAGCCUCCCAGGGCCGAAGACCUCCAGAAAUCCUACGCCAGCAUCAUCACUAACGAUGCCGACCCCAAGGACUGGUACGGCUACAUGAUCAACGGCCUCGGCGCUGUCAUCGGCACCAUUGGCGCCAUCCCGUGCUGCAUCAUGUGCCCGAACCCCUACAAGACCGUGCAGCAAGGCAACGUCGGCCUGGUGACCAAGUUCGGCAAGUUCUACAAGGCCGUCGACCCGGGUCUCGUCCGCGUCAACCCGCUCGCCGAGAAGCUGAUCCAGGUGGACGUCAAGAUCCAGAUCGUCGAGGUGCCGCAGCAAGUCUGCAUGACCAAGGACAAUGUGACGGUGCAGUUGACAUCGGUUAUCUACUACCACAUCGUCAGUCCGCACAAGGCUGCCUUUGGCAUCACCAACGUCAAGCAGGCCCUGAUCGAGCGCACCCAGACCACGCUGCGCCAUGUCAUCGGUGCCCGCGUGCUGCAGGACGUGAUCGAGCGCCGCGAGGAGAUUGCCCAGUCCAUUGGCGAGAUCAUCGAGGACGUCGCGGCCGAAUGGGGCGUGGCGGUCGAGAGCAUGCUUAUCAAGGACAUCAUCUUCUCCCACGAGCUGCAAGAUUCGCUCUCCAUGGCUGCCCAGAGCAAGCGCAUCGGCGAGAGCAAGAUUAUUGCCGCAAAGGCCGAGGUCGAGGCCGCCAAGCUGAUGAGGCAGGCCGCUGAUAUCUUGAGUUCUGCUCCUGCUAUGCAGAUUCGCUAUCUUGAAGCAAUGCAGGCUAUGGCCAAGUCUGCGAACAGCAAGGUGAUCUUCUUGCCGGCGACGAAUCAGACGAUGCCUAGUCAGGCCCAGUUCAAUGCGUCGUUGGAUGCCCCGGGGUCCUUUAAUCCGGGUGAGCAGGGUGAAGGCAGCGGUUCGAAGAACAAAACGUCUACGUUCCACGACUUUGGAGGUUCCGAUGGAGGAUUCCAGCAGGCGUUGAAUGCCCACUUGGUCGAGAACCUAUAA